CGAGGUUGAAAGUUGGCGGAGGAGGGCUCGUGCUCGGACGGUUCGCGGGAAACGUCUCAAAACAAAAGUCGGUUCACGCGAGCGUCACGCACUUCAAAGAGUUUGAACUUAAUCUGAUCCAUACACACAUUAAACCAAUCGAUCGGAUCAAUAACGCCGUAUUCCCCUAUAACUGACGUCAACGGCUAUCGGCAGCGGGCACGAGCUGGUAACGUUAGCAGCUUACUUUAUGUUAGCUCCUCAGGCUAACGUAGCACUGUAGCCGUUAGCUUAAGUUAGCUCCUCGGGCUAACGUAGCACUGUAGCCGUUAGCUUAAGUUAGCUCCUCGGGCUAACGUAGCACUGUAGCCGUUAGCUUAAGUUAGCUCCUCGGGCUAACGUAGCACUGUAGCCGUUAGCUUGAGUUAGCUCCUCGGGCUAACACAACACUGUAGCCAUUAGCUUAAGUUAGCUCCUCAGGCUAACACAACACUGUAGCCGUUAGCUCCUCAGGCUAACGCAGCACUGUAGCCGUUAGCUUAUGUUAGCUCCUCAGGCUAACGCAGCACUGUAGCCGUUAGCUUUUGUUAGCUCCUCAGGCUAACGCAGCACUGUAGCCGUUAGCUUAUGUUAGCUCCUCAGGCUAACGCAGCACUGUAGCCGUUAGCUUUUGUUAGCUCCUCAGGCUAACAGCACUGUCAGUUGGCGCUGAUCGGUUAGCAUUAGCAUUAGCACUUGUUCAGCGGCUCCACACGAGCUAACCGCGCUCUCCCGCAGUCUGUGGCGGCCGGUGCGGUAACGGUAGCGGCGGAGACCCGGAGCGAGGACCCGGAGCGAGGACCCGGAGCCAGGACCCGGUUUAACGGUGGUUAAGAUGGCUGAGAGGCCAGAAGACCUGAACCUUCCCAACGCGGUGAUCACCCGCAUCAUAAAGGAGGCGCUCCCAGACGGGGUGAACGUGUCGAAGGAAGCCCGGAGAGCCAUAUCCCAAGCUGCCAGUGUGUUUGUGUUGUAUGCGACGUCGUGCGCGAACAACUUCGCCAUGAAAGCGAAGCGGAAAACUCUGAACGCAGGAGACGUUUUGGCCGCGAUGGAGGAAAUGGAGUUUGAGCGUUUCCUGGAGCCUCUCAGAGAAGCUUUGGAGGUGUAUAAGAAGGGCCAGAAGGGGAAGAAGGAGGUGUCGGAGCAGAAGCGCAAAGAUAAAGAGAAGAAGAACGACUCCGAGAACGAUAAGAGCAGAGAGGAGGAAGAGGAGGAGGAAGAGGAGCGCAUGGAGGAGGAGCCCGAAGCUGAGAACGAGGCGGAGGCGGAGGAGGAGGAGGUGGACAACUGAUGGGAGCUCUGGCGACCGACGGACGAUGAAACCUCCCGAGGUUACCGCUGGCUGGACGUGAUGUGUUCAAGUGACGCUCGUUCAUCUCAGAGCCGCCGCGAAUCGACACAUCCAAGGUUUCUCAGUGCAGCGACGUUGUGAUGAGCUGCCGUCUUCCAUCAAAUCGUAGCACAGAGAAAACACAAUCGCUAUUCAUUUUGUAUUUUUUCAUCAGUUUUUGAUACAACAGGAUUUAUUGACAGUAAAUAAUAAUACGCAGUAGUUAGUGUUUGUCUGUCUGCCACCGGAGGGAGCGAGAACACAGGCUGUAGUUUGACCAGCCUCCACUCAUUAAAAGGGCUUUUUGUUUUUGGGGAAAUGUUCCAACAGUAGGACGCUUACUAAACACUUUAUUAUCCAACUGAAGUUCUUUAAUGUUAAACUUUGUACAGUGUAAGAUAGUCUGAGAUCAGGGACUCGUUUAUCAGAAGAAUAAAAACAGAAACCAAUCUGGACGGAAAUUUGAUGCUAGAUUCUGGUACGACAACACAAACCUGGUGUGAAGUUAGGAUCAUGGAUGUGCUUUUUCCUACACACACACACACACUCUCUGACUGAAACAAACACUGAGCUUGUAACAGCUAAAAUGUGAGAAAUACUGCGUUUGAAGUGUCGUCCUCAGAUCAGUUUCACACCUAGAAGAAGACAGCGAUGUCUGUGAUGAACUGUUGGAUCAACGUUACUUAAAACCCGGUGGAGAAAAGAGAAAUAGCUGCACUCGUGUUUAUUGGCCCUUUUGUUCUUUAUGUUGGGUUUUUUGAACCAUUUUUACUUUUGUAGAAUUGUACAUGACUGGUGGAUAUUUUCAAUAAAUAUUUUGUAUAAAAAGUUAAA